UGAAGAGUUUAGCGGAGUUUCAACUCUCGCGAGAGGUGGUAUAAUAAGGGCUUUGGCUCUUCAGGGUUCAGCCUGCGGGUGGCAGACUGAAGCUGUGAAUAUGAGUGAUGAUAAACCGUUCCUCUGCACUGCUCCUGGCUGCGGACAGCGAUUCACAAAUGAAGACCACCUGGCGGUGCAUAAACACAAGCAUGAGAUGACCCUGAGAUUUGGUCCGGCACGCAAUGACAGUGUCAUCAUCGCUGACCAGACCCCGACACCGACCCGCUUCCUGAAGAACUGCGAGGAGGUCGGGCUGUUUAACGAGCUUACCAGCCCGUUUGAGCAUGACUUUAAAAAGACCACGGAGGAGGACAUUAAAAAGUUGCCUCUGGACUUGUCUCCUCUUGCGACUCCUGUUGUUCGAAACAAAAUAGAGGAGCACACACCCAUUGAGUCCCACCGAGACAGCCCCCUUCCCCACCCCGAGUCAACAACCACUGACGACAAGGAGGUUUGUUUGCAGCCGACCUCUCUUCCUCAAUCCACUAUAGUCCGUCCUGCCUCCCUCCAAGUCCCCAGUGUACUACUGGCCAGCAAUGAGGCUGGUGUUGUUAUUCAGCAAGCUCUCCCAUCUCCAACAUCUAGCUCUGUUAUAACCCAGGUCCCAUCCUCUAGUAGACCGAUAGUUCCGGUGUCCGGCACGUUUCCGGUUCUCCUGCAGCUGUCUAACGGUCAGACGAUGCCGGUCGCCAUCCCAGCCACCAUCUCCAGCAGCGUGCACAUACCCACUGCCAUCCCUCUGGUCAGACCGGUCACCUUAGUGCCUAGUGUCCCUGGAAUCCCUGGCCCCUCCUCUCCACAGCCUGUCCAAUCAGAAGACAAGAUGAAGCUGAAGGUGGCCCUCAGUCAGCAGCUCCCUCAGGUAACCAGCGGCGAUGCAGGUGACAUCCAGAGCAGCUCGGCCAGCGAGACUCCGCCCCCGGCCCCACCUCCAGCCGAGGAGCCCCGCCCACAGUCAUUCCAGCAGCCGGCUACAUCCACGACAGAAACGCCUGUGUUGGUGUGUGAUUGUGGGCCUGUGCAGGUGUCUCCGUCCCAGCACACCUCCAGCACGGGCGGGCGGCGGCGGAGGACCACCAGCGAGGACCCAGACGAGAAGAGGCGGAAGUUUCUGGAGAGAAACCGAGCGGCUGCGUCUCGCUGCAGGCAAAAGAGGAAAGUCUGGGUGCAGAAUCUGGAGAAAAAAGCAGAAGACUUGAGCAGCGUGAACGGACAGCUACAGAAUGAGGUGACUCUUCUGCGUAGCGAGGUGGCCCAGCUGAAGCAGCUCUUACUGGCUCACAAAGACUGUCCCGUGACGCUCCUGCAGAAGAAAUCAGGGAACCACCAGCUGGAGAAGGAGGACAGCGGCGGGGAGAUGUCUGUUCCCAGCAGCCCACAGAACGAGGCCAUCCAGCACAGCUCCAUCAGCACAUCCAACGGCCUCCGCUCGCUCGCCUCGGGCCCCGCUGCAGACCACAGCCACAGCACAGAGGAGGAAGACGACUCGCACUCCUCCUCGCACGCCCAGUCUUCAGGAAGCUGAU